AUGGACGACAAAGAAGAUACCAACAGAGUCGGCGAAAUCGAGGAAUCGGACCCGAAAUCCGACGGGUCAUCCCGGAACCCGAAUCCGAAUCCGAAAACCGCGAGGACGAAGGUUCCAGAAGUGGAGGUCUACUUGUAUCGGCGAGGCAAAGGCCCGAUCGACACGUUCAGGACGAGCCUCGGGGGUUGGGACCAGAACCAGUUGGAGGUGCGAGACAUUCUUGACAAGUAUGGCUUCAAAUCGCUUUACGCUUUCAAUACCGGGUCGGGUCGCGGCGUUCCGAUCCGGUUUAACCCCAGGAACGGCAGGUCUAUGUUGUCUUAUAAAGAUGGAUCUACGGUUCACAUUGACGGAGAGCCCAAGGAUUCCUUGAUCCAACCGGUGACAAAAAUCUUGCUUGGAGUAGCUGUUAUAACCGUCUUGAUAACCUUGGUUUUGAGAGAUCCUCCACAGUGGGUCCAAAAAUUGAACAUUUCUGGCUUGAAUUUACCUCCUUGGAUCAUUGCUCUGGUGGUAAUAGUUUUUACUCGGAUGAGGAAGAGAACCGGAGAUUUGCUGAAAAAGUAUGGUUGGUGA